UUUCCGUUGCCAUAACGUCACUUCUGGAUGUCAAUAUGCGGCUUGGUGCGGCGCUGGGUAACGGAACCACUGGGAAGAUGUAAACCAAGUAACCAGCAAAGACCAGCCUUAACGACAACACUAAAACGUUACCUCCGGAGAAACCUCACCUCGAGUCCGAUAAACGGAGCCACGCCAGCGGGCAGCUCGUUGAGUCGCUAUCCCCGAAGCAGCGGAGCGCCUGCCUCAAGCAGCCAUCUUUUGUGAGAGAAUGUACGGGGCGACACGGCGGGCCUGCUCGGGCUCCGACCGGGGCCGGAGCCUCCUGAUGCUGACAACCGCGCUCCUGCUCUCGGUUAUCGGGCUGCUCUCCGGGCUGCCGGGGGUCACCGAGGCGAAGGAAUGCGACAAACCUUGCAUGAACGGCCAGUGCAACACCGCCACCGGCAACUGUGUGUGCUUCCCCGGCUGGGUUGGGGACCAAUGCCAGCACUGCGGAGGGCGAUUCAGGUUGACGGGGCCCUCUGGUUACCUGACUGACGGUCCAGGAAACUACAAGUACAAGACCAAGUGCACCUGGCUGAUCGAGGGACAGCCCAACACCAUACUCCGAUUACGGUUCAACCACUUUGCCACUGAAUGCAGCUGGGACCACCUUUACGUGUACGACGGGGAUUCCAUUUAUGCCCCCCUUCUUGCUGCUUUCAGUGGUCUGAUUGUUCCUGAGCGUUAUGGGAAUGAGACUGUUCCUGAGGUGGUGUCUCAGUCCGGCUAUGCCCUGCUGCACUUCUUCAGUGAUGCUGCCUACAACCUGACCGGCUUCAACAUUUCCUACAGGCUGAAUACAUGUCCCAACAACUGCUCCGGCCGCGGCGAGUGUCGCGUGGGGAACUCCACCGGUUCAGCGUACUGCCAGUGCGAAGCCAACUGGAAAGGGGAAGCCUGUGACGUCCCCUACUGCCUGGCUGACUGUGGCUACCCUGAAAGAGGGCACUGCCAGGACAAGACCUGCAUCUGCAAGACCGGAUGGCAAGGUCCAGACUGCGCCAUAUCCGUGCCUGCCAACUCCUCCUUCUGGAGCCGGGAGGAGUACACCGAGGCCGGGCUGGCCAGGGCUUCCCACAAGGCCACGGUGGACCAGGGCAUCAUGUGGAUCAUCGGAGGCUAUGUCUUCAACGCCUCCGACUAUCACAUGGUCAAAGCGUAUAACCUUAGUAGAAAGAGAUGGCAGACCCUCGACCCCUCCGUCAACACUGUCACACCACGAUAUGGCCACUCACUGGCUCUGCAUGAGGGGAAGAUCUACAUGUACGGAGGGAAGAUUGACUCCACAGGAAACGUGUCCAGCCAGCUGUGGGUUUUCCACAUCCAGAACCAGACCUGGGUCCUACUAAGCCCCCGGGCCAAGGAGCAGUAUGCCGUUGUGGGACAUUCGGCCCACAUUGUGCCUCCCAUCCAGGAGGGGGCCAGUCCCAUCAUGCUGGUUCUGUUUGGACACUGCCCUCUGUAUGGUUACAUCAGCCAAGUGCAGGAGUAUGACAUCGGCAAGAACACAUGGAGCAUGGUGUCCACAGUCGGUGCGCUGGUCCAGGGUGGCUACGGCCACAGCAGUGUCUUUGACCCCGGCACCAGAGCCAUCUACAUCCACGGAGGCUACAAGGCCUUCAGUGCUAACAAGUACGGCCUGGCUGGAGACCUGUACAAGUUUGAUGUGGACAAGAGGAAAUGGACCAUUCUGAGAGACAGCGGCUUCUUCCGUUACCUCCACACAGCAGUGAUUGUGAGUGGGACGAUGCUGGUGUUUGGAGGAAACACGCACAACGACACAUCCAUGAGCCACGGUGCCAAGUGCUUCUCCUCUGACUUCCUGGCCUACAGUCUGGCAUGUGAUGAGUGGACAGUGCUGCCUCGACCGGACCUCUACCACGACGUCAAUCGCUUCGGACACUCUGCGGUCUUCAGUGACAGUGUUAUGUACGUGUUUGGCGGCUUCAACAGCCUGCUGCUCAGUGACGUCCUCAUGUACACCUCGCCCAACUGCUCGGCCUUCUCCAGCUCAGCGUCCUGCAACCAGGCCUGGCCGGGGAUCCAGUGCGUCUGGAACAACACCCAGGGGACCUGCCUGCCGUGGGAGAGCAGCACUGUCGGAACCGAACAGCAGCAGCUACCAGCCUCCUGUAACACACGAUCAUAUGCUGAUAACGAGAGGUGUGACCAGUAUACAGACUGCUACAGUUGCACUGCGAACACCAACAGCUGCCAGUGGUGCACAGGCCAGUGUGUGUCUCUGGGAAGCAACUGCACCUCUGCCACGGGGGCCAUAGGGGAGUAUGAAGUUUGCCCCAAGGACAACCCCUCAUAUGUGUGCAACAAGAAAACCAGCUGCAAGAGCUGCGCUGUGGACCAGAACUGUCAGUGGGAACCUCGCAACCAGGAGUGCAUCUCACUGCCAGAAAACGUUUGCGGUGAAAGUUGGCAUCUGGUGGGCAACUCCUGCCUGAAGUUCAUCACGGCAAAGGACUCGUAUGACAACGCUAAGCUGGCCUGCAGGAGCCACAACGCCGUCCUGGCCUCACUGACCACCCAGAAGAAGGUGGACUUUGUCCUGAAGGAGCUGCAGAUUAUGAGCGUGGUGUACAAAGCCACAGUGACGCCCUGGGUGGGGCUCAGGAAAAUCAACGUGUCGUACUGGUGCUGGGAGGACAUGUCACCCUUUACCAACACCACCCUGCAGUGGCUGCCCGGCGAGCCGAGUGACGCCGGGUUCUGUGGCUACCUGGCUGAACCAGCAUCCAGCGGACUGAAAGCUCAAACCUGCAUCAACCCAGUGAAUGGCAGCCUGUGUGAGCGGCCAGCCAACCACAGUGCCAAACCAUGCCGGACACCGUGUGCCAUGAGAACCACCUGCAGCGAGUGCACCAGCAGCAGCUCUGAGUGUAUGUGGUGCAGCAACAUGAAGCAGUGCGUCGACUCCAACGCCUACGUGGCCUCCUUCCCCUUCGGACAGUGCAUGGAGUGGUACACCAUGAAUACUUGUCCACCGGAGAACUGCUCCGGGUACAGAACAUGUGGCCAGUGUCUGGACCAGCCGGGCUGCGGUUGGUGCACAGACCCCAGUAACACGGGCAAAGGUCAGUGCAUCGAGGGUUCGUAUCGUGGGCCCUUCCAGACCUCCGUCCCGGCCCCGUCCACUCUGCCCGGCCUUCCCGCCAGCCCCCAGCCGGCCCUCAACGCCAGCAUGUGCCCCGGCGAGGCCAAAUACAACUGGUCCUUCAUCCACUGCCCAGCCUGUCAGUGUAACGGUCACAGCCAGUGCAUCAAUGAGAGUGUAUGCGAGAAGUGCGAGGACCUGACAACGGGCCGACACUGCGAGAGUUGCGUCUCCGGCUUCUACGGAGACCCGACCAACGGGGGCAGCUGCCAGCCCUGCAAGUGUAACGGCCAUGCAAGCAUGUGCAACCCCAACAACGGCAAGUGCUUCUGCACCACUAAAGGCAUCAAAGGAGAUCGCUGCCACCUGUGUGAAGUUGAGAAUCGUUACCAAGGCAACCCCCUCAAAGGAACAUGCUACUACACGCUCCUCAUCGACUACCAGUUCACCUUCAGCCUGUCGCAAGAGGACGACCGCUACUACACCGCCAUCAACUUCGUGGCCACACCUGAGGAGCCAAACCGGGAUCUAGACAUGUUCAUAAACGCCUCCAAGAAUUUCAACCUGAACAUAACCUGGGCCACUAGCUUCACAGCAGGCACCCAGACCGGGGAGGAGAUCCUCAUCGUCUCUCGGAGCAACAUCAAGGAGUUCAAAGACAGCUUCUCCAACGAGAACUUUGACUUCCGCAACAGCCUCAAUAUAACGUUCUUUGUCUAUGUCAGCAACUUCACAUGGCCCAUUAAGAUUCAAAUCGCCUUCUCCCAGCACAGUAACUUCAUGGAUCUGGUGCAGUUCUUUGUCACGUUCUUCAGCUGCUUCCUGUCCCUGCUCCUGGUGGCCGCCGUCGUUUGGAAGAUCAAACAAAGCUGCUGGGCGUCACGGCGACGAGAGCAACUACUGAGGGAGAUGCAGCAGAUGGCCAGCCGGCCUUUCGCCACCAUCAACGUCGCCUUGGAGACGGACGAGGAGCCACCCGACCUGAUAGGAGGAAACGUCAAGUCCGUCCCAAAACCCAUCGCCCUUGAGCCUUGCUUUGGCAACAAAGCUGCCGUGCUUUCCAUCUUUGUGCGGUUACCCAGGGGCACCGGCGGUAUCCCUCCUCCAGGACAGUCUGGUCUGGCAGUGGCCAGUGCGCUGGUGGACGUCUCUCAGCAGAUGUGUGUGGGUUACAAGGAGAAGUCUGGAGGCCUGAGGAACCGCAAACAGCAGCCCACCGCACAGCCAUCCACCUGUAUCUGACCAUGCCCCCCUGUCCUCCUCUACCACCCCACCACCCAAUGCUCUCCCAUCAGCCCCCCCGCCUCGGCCCCCUCCCUCAGAGACCUCCGCCAGCUCCACUCUGGCAGGGAGAGGUGCAUGCCGGGACGCAGAACUGGAACAUUUUUGGUGAGGGGCCGAGGCGCGCGCUGUGGUCUGGAGCCUUUAGCCGGGCUUCCCCUCCCUCUCCUCCUACGGGAACUAUGGGUCCCCACGAACUGAAUGACAGAAACUGGACACAAAGAGGGGGAGCAGGGGAGAGAGAGAGGGAGGGAGGGAGGGACAGAGCGGGUGCUGAGUUCACCCUUUCCCCCUCAAAAAAAACAUUUUACAUUUGUCGACACCGCCUCGCUAGAGUCGAGGCGGCCACGGCUUGCUGCUAGAAGAGAUCCUCGUCUCGUAGUUUUUGAAAAAUCCAGAGACUUUGCAACCCUCUAUAUUCUCGUUUUACUUAAGUUAUUGUUGUUCUUUGUUUUGUAUUGUUUUAUUUUGAAGGCAGGAAAAAACUGGAUGUGUUCAGCUGCGCAUGCACACACAUACACACACACACACACACACACACACACACACACACACACACACACACACACACACACACUUCCAAAAACCAACUUUCCAAGCCCUUGUAACCCAUUUGUAGCCCAUUGUCGCCUGCUGUCAUGUUCAGAGCUCAGCACUGAAGGCAGUGUCACCAGAGUCCUGUACAGUCCAGCCUCCGAGCAAGCUAACAGCAUGUUGUGUCUUCCUUUAAUGAGGAUCCACUGUAGGAGGCUGACCGUGCAGCCAAAGCCCAUCUAAAGAGUCUGUGACAUUUCUAAUCGGCUCUGUGUUUUCUGCCGCUGUCUUCUCUGUGGCCUGUCUGGAGCUUUGUCUCCGCCCGUCUCUCUCUCUCUGCCUCUGUGGCGAUCUGGCUGCCGAGCCAAACAGCCUCACACCUCUCUGGUGGUGUGGCCGAGUACAAAACAAGACCACAGCAACAUCUCUUCCACGCUGGCUGGAUCGUAAGCCAGCGCCGAUUGAAACUUUUCCAGCUAAUUACUCCAGUUGCAAUGAAAGCCAAUGGCAGCGCACACGCAGGUGCACACACAGGUGCACACACAGGGCUCUCACACACAACAAACAGUUGGUGGUGAGAAAACCCUCCCGUGUUUAACGAUUGUCCCUUUGGCAAUGCUGCGCCUGGAGAUCAUGUGAAACAGGCUUCCUAUAGAUCGCCUGACUCAGAUUGACUGAAGGUAUUAGGCUGAUCUGCGUGAUGGGUGCCGGGGCAACGGUUCAGCAUCCCGUGUGAUCGUUCCCUAAGAAAUCCAUAGCCUCUAAUUGCUGCUCCCGUGCCCCCAAAUGCAAAGCACCAACCCCCUCCAUACCAAAAAGCCUAUCGCUUUUCCCCUGCCGUUCAAUGCCGAUUGUUCCGUGUCCCUGAGCUAUCUACGGCUGCUCAAUUAGCCCCUGCAGCAGUGACGUCUGUGUUCACAUUGAUGCAGCAACAGUGGAGCUGCUAAUGGCCACAUUCAAACGGUACCCGGCCGACAACCCUGAACAUAAAGCACACACACAGACACACGUUAGCAGAGUGAGCAGCCAUGAUGUGUCAGUGUCUGUUUCCUUAUUUGCACCUUUUGUUAAAUGGAACCUCUGAAUUGACCACAUCUCAUGGAAGACCUCUGGUAUUGAUUCUAAAAAAAAAAAAAAAAUGCCUCUUGAAAUUAUCUUAUUGCCAGGUCUCUUGGGUUUACUCUGUUUUUGUGCUCCAUGUGUGAGGUUGCUCUAAGCCGGUCUUUUAUUUCACCUUCCUUUUCUGCUCUUUCCAGAGUCCUUAUCUGGAAUCACUGGUCCAUUUUUAAAGAAACAUUACUUUUUUUUUUGUUCACUGGGGAAAAUGAGGGAAACCACAGAAUGAAAAGCACGAGGCAAACACAAAGACACACAAAAAAAACCUCUGCUAGUCUGAAACGGAGCUGUUGCUUUGAAAUUUCACAAGUAAUUUUCUGUUUUGUAAGGGCAUCAGGAUGUCAGAUCUGUGUUUCUUGCCUUCUUGUCUUUGUCUUUUCUCCUUCAGCACUAAAUAUCAGAGCAGGUGUGAAUUAGUCCACAUUGGUCAUUAAAAAAUUACAAUGCCUGCAGGUCUUUGACUGAAGGCAUAGGAAUACACCGAUAUAUAAACUAUAUCUCCAGCCUCACAACAUUAUAAUUAACUUCCCGCUCUCUGAGAAGUACAGUAAUAGAAAAAAAUUAAUGAGUUGUAUUUUGCCAUUAAGAUUGCAUCGUAUUUAUUUCCAGGCUCUCACAUGUGUUCAGCAUACUAGAACUGCUCACCGUCUGGUUAAAGGGCAUACUUUUAGCAUUGAGAAAAGGUCAGGCCAGAAAGCAUGAACAAAGUUGACAUUCUGUAAUUAUAGAGAGCUGGAUGUGCUCACAACUCCACUCAGUGACCCCAGCGAGCAUUAGGAGUCAGCUCUGGUCAUACUUGCACUGAGGAAUCAAAGCACUUCACUUUCACUAUUUUUUUUUAUCAAUCGUUUUUUUGCUCUUUUUUUUCCACUAGACGGGGUUCCCAAAUGUCCUGGAAAACCAGGAAAUUUAGAGCCUACUUUUUCAGUCAUGGUGACUCAAAUUCAGUUCAAUAUCCUAGAGAUUAACUGUGUUGCCCUAAAAAAUGUUUAAUGUGGAAAAAAUCAGCUGUGGUGAGAACAGCAAAUCGCACCACAAACGCGAGCUAACACGGACUGUCCCAUAAACGCUGACCGCCACUGUGAGCAAGGGCUUUCCUGUAUUGUCAAGAGAAACUACUGGAAAAUGUCCUGGAAAAGUCCUGGAAAAUGAUUUCCUAAAAAGAGUGGGAACCCUGCUAGAGUAACUUUUUUGGCCAUCAUGCCUGGUUCAGGUUUUGAUGUUAAUUCAAUUGCUUCAUUCGAUUGCAGACUUGAUGGUGUAAAAUAACCAUCUUUCAUCAGCUUAUUGUGAGGCAGUUUGGGCACCUGAUUGCAAAUUGCAAAAAAAAAACCUGCCACAAAAAAUCCUUCUGAGUUGCAUUUUAUUAAACACUAUUUCAGUCCAUCUGAAAGCAGAGCGAGGAGAACAGGUUGUCUCUGCUUCUUCUCAGGUUUGCAGAAGUUCUUUUGACUUUAUGUUUGUCUGCACUAACAGUCUGUUUGGCAGGUAACCAACUAUCAUAUGGAGGUGCUAUUCAAUUCCAAAAACCUUGUUGGAUGGUAAAAUGCUGACAAUAGAGGAAACAUUUUGGGAUGUACAAGGCUCUGUGGCUUUAGGAAGGCAACACUAUUCUUCAGCCUCAGCAGAAAAUGGUACCACUUCCACUGACUAAAGUAAAAUUUGGUUUCUGGGUCAAACAGUUUUACAAACAUCCCUUUUGUUUUAACCUGCUUGGCAAAUUGGCGGGACUUAAUUCAUGGGCCCAUAUUUAGUAAACGCUCAUUUGGUGCUCCAAGCAGCUUAAAACAAAAGCAAUAGUUAGCAUUAUUUUAAGUAAAAAUGUGAGGGAGACCACAGAGGUGCAAGCAAGGAUGACCUGCAAAGUCACAUUGACCCGUCAACACUGUAAUGCCUGAAAGGUACAUGUAUACCUGCAGCAUCAGCAGCACUCUCACUUCAACAGACGCAGCUCUGAGAUCAGACAGCAGCUCAUUUAUUUGAUUUUCUGUAGAAAUGUGUAAUUCCAAAAUGCUUUCUUUCCAUUUGAGAAAACGCUACCCUGUUCAUGAUGCUCAGUUAGAAAAUCACUUCCUUGCAUUCUCCAGUAACAACAAACAGUGACACAAUAUAUAACCACAGUCUCCUUCAGUUGCAGAUUUUAUUCUGUUUCCCACAAGGCAGAGAUCUCAUUUUGCAAAGAAACUCUAAAUAUAUGAAUCUGUUCUACAGCUGAUUCAAAUGUACUGUAGUAAUAAUUUCACUAAGAAUGAAGAUUGUUUUUGGGUUCUUUUGUAAAUGAAUGUAAAAUGAAAAAUCACCUGUGUGGCCACAGUGAAUCUGUAAAGUGGAGAUUGUGGAGGUGAUUCCCUGCAGCCUGCUGCCAUCAGUUCCUUUCUGGUCGGGGUGACAGGGCGGUUCAGUGGUUAACGCAGACAGCACAGUGACUCAAAGGUCACGGGUCAGAUAUAAGACCUGGUUUGUCUUGUUGAAGAUGUUCUGAGAAAGACACUGGACUUGUAAAGAAGAUGUAAGGUCUGCGGCCUGCCCAAAGUCUCGCAAACCAUUUCUGCUUGAUGGCUCAGACAAACGGAUCCUGGGUCUGAUAGUGUCGACAAAUGAAUCUUAAGAGGUUUGUUUUUUUUUUUAACCUCUAUUAUACGAUUAAUGUAACACUUCUUUGAUAAACAACUAUUUAUUCUAUUUUUUUCGUCCUGUGUGGCCAGUCUGACCCAUUUCGAAUUGCAAAACUGGCAGAAUGAUGAAAAACAAACUAUUAUCUGUAAAUGCUAUUUGACCCAGAUCUGUUGUCAGCAGCCUCACACUGGGUUCCUACAUAGGCCUGCAAAAGCGUCGAACAUGAUAGGAAAAAUUGUUGCAUUUUCAACUGUUAUUUGAGACACUUCCCCCCUGGUCCACCCACACAGGAGUUUUCAUUUAUUUCUGGCUGAUUAGACGUCUUUUCAGGUUUGUGGGCGUCUACAGCGCGGUGCUUGAUUGACAUCUCCCUUGCUGUCCUUUUUUAGUUUUCUUACACCUGUUACGGUGGGACUAAAUUAGACCUCUAAGAUAGGGCUGGACAAUAAAAUCCUUUUUUAAUAUAAAAGUAAAAUAUGUUCCUCUUCAUGUUGGUUCAUUGCUGAGCUGUUUGUGUAAUUAAUUACAACAUGACCAGUUCAAGAGAUUUACAAAUGAAUUGAAACUUGUGUUCGGAUUUGUAAUGUCAGUAAUCCGAUGGAAUUAGUUUUGUGUGCAGCCCACACCGGUAUGGUCUAAUCAGCAACAUUAAUUGCAGUUUUUCCACAGGCCCACUUCAGUCUGCUUUAACUGGCCAAGCUGCGAACACACACCCUUAUUGCAACCUCACAGCAAGGCUUAGCCACGCUGAGCCUGGCUGUCGUGGUGCUGCUUGAUGGGACCACUCCCAAGAUGGAAAUCAUUCAUCAAUAAUUCAUAUUUUUGUGGCUUCUAAAAAAAUGUCUGUGGUUUGGAGUGUAGUUCUACUCCCGUGUUUCUGUUCAUACUUUCAGAUAUCAGCAUUACUUUACUGCUUCCUUAGCGCUUUCAGCUGUAUAGCAGGUGACCUGUGGAGUUGAGUGUUUAAAUGAUUUUUAAAUCCAUGUUUCGCCGUCUUCUUUGCCUUUGCUGGCGCAUUGCUGCAUUCACCUGUGGAUCAGUGGAAUAAUGUAAAAAUGUGUAUUCAACCACUCAUAAAAAUGUUAUGGCGGCAGUAGUGGUCAAAUACCUUAAAGUUACUGCUGAUGCAAAGCAAACAUUUCCUGCUGUUGCUUAACAUUAAGGGUUUUCUACCAGCAAACAGUGGGAGGCUUUUAUUGUGAAGCAGCCAUAGGAAGUGGCAACGCAUGGGUCACCGAGUUAGCAGAGCUUUGUUGGCAGUCGUGUUCUUCAGCAGAAAUUGGUCCACACAACAAGAUGACAAUUUUAACUAUUGCAGGAUGUAAUAUUUAAAGUAGUCACAGCCACAGUGAGCUGUCAGUGGAAGAGCUCAAUGCGACACGCUGCUGUGUCGUGGAACAACACUGCCAGCAUAGCUUUGAAUGGUCAGUGCGGGUAUCUCCAGCCCUAUUUGAAGAAAGCGUAACUGAAAAGUCCUGUGUGGGUGUGGUUGGUGUUUGAAAUGACACCAUUUUUAUGUAAAAAUGCACUUUUUUUUCGGACUGUCCCAGCCUUCCUAACUGAGGCCCAAUAGAAGUGACAAAUCCAAACUUAAGAGCACAAUACAAACCUUCGCUCUGUCCAGAAAAGGUUGGGCUCACUACGGUUAAAUCUUUUGACUUUCUCACCUCGGUCUAAUGCAUCAAAGCCCAGCCCUGUUCCCUGUACUGAUGUUGCUUUACAGGAUUCCUGGGUCCUAAAGUUCAGGUUUUCCAGAUGAUCACCUCUCCCCACCAUUUGGAGCUGCCCGAGUGUUAAGUGGCCCGGAGCUGCUCAAAAUAUCUGAGAGGGAGUGUGGACGUUUGCAAAGGGAAAUGUGUAGGAACCCUGUACGUGCCACCAUACCUGUGAAAUACCUGUCAAACUUGUUUCGGUUUAAAGAGAUGAGCAACUUCCUCUAUCUCGCCCUGCUUUCCAAGCCUCAAACUUUAUCGGGUAACACUUUAACUUUACAGUGGCCUUAUUUCAGCGUAUUAAUCUCUGUAUUAACUUAGAAAUGUGCAAAUACAUAUUUAUAAAGUGUGAUUAGUAACUGGAAAUAUCCCUAAUAUUCAUCUUACGAGUAGAGUUUUCUCAAACACUGGCAGCGUUAAUAAAAGCUAUUUAAAAUGCUUUAAUACACAGGUUGAAGCAUCAGAAUAAGGUCAUUGUAAAAUCUGGCAUUACCCUCUUUCUUUCUUUCCGUCUCUCUUUGUAUAGCGGCAUUAUAUAUCCUGAGGAAGUAGUUUGUUAAUAUGUAUAAUUUAGCAGUUGCUGUUUUUUUUGUAAAUAAUGAGAAAGUAUUGUGAACGACAUUUGUUGAAUGGUUUUAAAAAAUCAUUUAUGGCAAACCUCUCCAGGCUUUUAUAAAUGUGACUGCAGUACAUAGCAUAUUUUGUAUGUAAGACCGCAGUGUAAAGAUGAACAAGCAUUACUAGAAGCUGAUGAAACUACAUGUAAAAGUUGAGGAUAAUAGCUUACUGAACUUGUAAUUACUGAUGUACAUAAAAGAAUGACAGAACAUUUUUGUCUAUUAUUAAAUGUGAAAAUCCUCCCA